ACAAAUGCGGUCACAUCAGUCUAUAAGGGAUUUUUUUUUUAUACUGUAGAUCAGUGGAAUAAACAGCCGAAAUGAUAUCAACAUACCAUUCGAUUAAAUCCAAUGUAGUUUAUCAUGAGAAAUACAUGUCUAAUGCAACAACAACAAAACACAUGUAAAAGCAACCCUUCUAGAAAAGUGAAGAAUAUUCUAAACAUGUCUCUUUGACACCUGGCGGAUGGAAGGUGCAACAACAGAAUCAGCAGCAGACGUUUUCUUACAGCCGCAAUCUACGAGCCACCAGAGGAGUGACUUGCACAGUUUUGAAAGCAAGCAGGAAAAUGGCAGACGGCGAGGACGAGAAGCUACCGUCCGGGUGGGAAAAGCGGAUGAGCCGCAGUUCCAGUAGAGUGUACUACUUUAACCACAUCACCAAUGCCAGCCAGUGGGAGCGUCCGGUGGGGUCAGGUGAUGGGAGUGGCGAGCCAGACAAGGUGCGUUGUUCCCACCUCCUGGUGAAGCACAGCCAAUCGCGUCGCCCGUCCUCCUGGAGGGAGGAGAAUAUCACACGCUCCAAAGAGGAGGCCCUCGACCUCAUACAAAAGUACAUAGAGCAGAUGCAGUCAGGAGAGGAGGAGUUUGAGGCUCUGGCCUCUCAGUUCAGUGACUGCAGCUCCGCACGCAACGGAGGAGACCUGGGACUGUUCGGCAGAGGUCAGAUGCAGAAGCCGUUUGAGGAUGCGUCCUUUGCUCUGAAGGUGGGAGACAUGAGUGGUCCGGUGUUCACCGAUUCUGGAGUUCACGUCAUCCUUCGCACGGGAUAGAGACAAGGCUCUGAUACUCCCUGAAUACCCCCGUCACACCCCAUCACUCCCUGAAUACCCCCGUCA